GCACGAGAACUGCCGGGAGAGAGACAUUUGAAGAGAUCUCGAUCUAGGAAUAUAUAUUUUUUUACUUUCGCACCUCCGACAUGGGCGAGCAACUUGUAUGGGCCUGCAAGAAUGGAGAUCUUGAUCAAGUGAAAGAUAUCAUGGAGAAACCGGGUUUUGAUGUGAAUGCAGAAAUACUGAAUGGAAGAAGUGGGAUACAUUUUGCUGCAGAUUAUGGACAAAGUAAUGUAAUUGAGUAUCUUCUUUCGAAAGGAGCAGACAUAAAUCGUGCAGACAAAUAUGGAAUCACUCCUCUGUUAGCAAGUAUAUAUGAAAGUAACACAGACUGCGUCAAGUUACUACUUGAAAAGGGUGCUGAUAAGACUUUGAAGGCUCCAGAUGGUAGCUCUUAUAUUGAAUGUGCAGAGACAGAUGAGAUUAAAAGUCUUCUCAUGUAGAUUGCCAAUAAAAAAGAGGCAAUGGCUGCCAGAAGAAUCAAUAGUAAUGAUAGUAAUUUCUUUCCGUGAAGCUAGAGGAAGAAGCCUACAAGUUUCCAUUGGUCAUUGAUAACAGAAUGAAGCAUUUUUGUACAAAGAUAAAACUAAACAUGGACAAAAACCUAGUUAAUAGCUUUUAGAAUUUGACUUUCAAGUGUUUUAUUAUUACUGAGUUGUCACAAUGAAAUUUGUUGGAUUGUAUUAAAGGCUCUAAGCAAUCUGUUUAAUUUCUGA